CUGCAGCUCUGCGCUCAACCGGGAGCAGAGCGGACCGCAGGGGCCUGAGCAGAGCGCGACAGGGAAACUGAGGCCCCAAGGGCUUGUCUCGGCUGCUGUGUGUUUGAGGAGGGAGCCACAUACUGGCUGAGGUGUCCCGCCAGGAUAGCCUGAGAGACCCAGACUUCUGACCUGUGUUGGUGUGAAAGCUAGUGCUCCUGGUGGUGGUGCCUGAGCCAUGGAGGCACCUCUGCAGACGGAGAUGGUGGAGCUGGUACCCAAUGGCAAACACUCGGAGGGGCUGCUCCCAGCCACCACCCCUACGGCGGACAACCAGAGAGUCGAGGGCCCCAGAAGGAGCUAUGUUGAGGGCGAGGACUUUCUGCAGAAAAGCCCAAGCAAGGAGCCACACUUCACUGACUUCGAGGGGAAGACAUCGUUUGGGAUGUCAGUGUUCAACCUCAGCAACGCCAUCAUGGGCAGUGGCAUCCUCGGGCUCGCCUAUGCCAUGGCCAAUACAGGCAUCAUCCUUUUCCUGUUCCUGUUGACAGCCGUCGCCCUGCUCUCCAGCUACUCCAUCCACCUGCUGCUCAAGUCCUCGGGGAUCGUGGGCAUCCGUGCCUAUGAGCAGCUGGGCUACCGUGCCUUCGGAAUGCCGGGGAAGCUGGCUGCAGCCCUGGCCAUCGCCCUACAGAACAUUGGUGCCAUGUGCAGCUACCUGUACAUCAUCAAGUCGGAGCUGCCUCUUGUCAUACAGACCUUCCUGAACCUGGAAGAGAAAACUUCGGACUGGUACGUGAAUGGAAACUACCUGGUGAUCCUAGUCUCUAUCACCGUCAUUUUGCCCUUAGCACUUAUGCGGCAGCUCGGCUACCUGGGCUACUCAAGUGGCUUCUCUCUCAGCUGCAUGGUGUUCUUCCUAAUUGCAGUCAUCUACAAAAAGUUCCAUGUGCCCUGCCCGUUGCCCCUCAACGUUACCAACAUCGUGGGCAACUCCAGCCACGUGGUCAUCGAAGAGGAGGCACAGCUGCAGGUGGAGACUGAGGCUGCAGCCUUCUGCACCCCGAGCUACUUCACACUCAACACACAGACGGCGUACACCGUCCCCAUCAUGGCCUUCGCCUUCGUCUGCCACCCUGAGGUGCUGCCCAUCUAUACAGAGCUCAAGGACCCCACCAAGAGGAAGAUGCAACACAUCUCCAACCUGUCCAUUGCCGUCAUGUACGUCAUGUACUUCCUGGCUGCCCUCUUCGGCUACCUCACCUUCUACGACGGGGUGGAGUCGGAGCUGCUGCACACCUACAACAACGUGGACCCGUUUGAUGUGCUGAUUCUGUGUGUGCGAGUGGCAGUGCUGACGGCAGUCACACUCACAGUGCCAAUCGUUCUGUUCCCGGUACGCCGGGCCAUCCAGCAGAUGCUAUUUCAGAACCAGGAGUUCAGCUGGCUGCGGCACGUGCUCAUCGCCACCAGCCUGCUCACUUGUAUCAACCUUCUGGUCAUCUUUGCUCCCAACAUCCUGGGCAUCUUUGGGAUCAUUGGUGCCACAUCUGCCCCAUGCCUCAUAUUCAUCUUUCCUGCCAUCUUCUACUUCCGCAUCGUGCCCACUGAGAAGGAGCCUGCGAGGUCCACCCCUAAAAUCCUGGCCCUUUGCUUCGCCAUGCUUGGUCUCUUGUUGAUGACCAUGAGCCUGAGCUUCAUCAUCAUUGACUGGGUCUCCGGGACCAGCCAGCAUGGAGGAAGCCACUAGAUUGCCCCUGUCCUGCCUACUCGUCCCAGCACCCCUGCCCAGACUGUCCAGCCCCUACUCCCAUCCAGUGGCCAGUCACAAAGCAGGAGAAGGACAAGUUAACAUGAUGACAUUUGGCCCUGCCCCACAUCCUCUCUGUAGAAGUUCUUGUGUUAAAGAGCCAGAACCAAGGCCUUUGGGCCACCACCAUGCUGCAGGGGCUUCCUUAGUUGGAGGUUGGGGUGGAGAUGCACCCCUUGCCCCCUUUUGUCACCUCAGAUCCUGCCACGCUCCUCAUCUUCCUUGCACAGAUGCAUAUACUAAGGGCCAGCAGCUGCCUCUGAGCUCACACAGCCUGUAGGGACACACAGGCUGGAACACAGGCCUGCUGCCAUCCCCUACCCUGCCACUAGGGCCAAGGUCUGUGCCCUGAGGCCUCAUCUCCCCCAGCACCCUUGCCUUCCCUCCUUCAGUUCCCCAGGCCCCUUUCAGGCCCUUGGGCUCAGGCCCUUGAAAACCUCUGUCCCUUUCUCCCAUCCCCCACCAGGAGGAGACCCUCCACCCCACAGCUGGAGUCAGUGGGUUCUGCUGAGAGUGGAGCUAGUAUGGGCUCCCCUAAGGGACCCCUACCUUGCCCUUCACCAGUCCUGGGGAGACUGAGGCUUCCCCUACCCCCGUCCCACCCCCAGCCUGAGUCCUGGGCCACAGCUCACAUUCUGCUGCUGGGAGAAGGGAGAGGCUGAGCUCAGAGUGUCCCUAUACCUGGGAGGCCAAAGAUCCCAGGGGCCAGCCUGAGGCUAGGGUGGGGAGGCUGGUAGCCCUCUUUUAUAAAUAUUAGACAUAAGACCAGCUGUGUUUUAUGUUCUUAGGCUGUAUGACUUCCGGGUUCCUGGAAGGUAGAGUGAAGGCCAGGGUAUGAUGGAGGCCCUCCUGCCCCCUUCCCUGGGGUGGGGAUGGGGACAGACCACCCCACCCCACCCCCUGCCUCCCAAACCAACCAUCAGUGCUCAGACCCGGCUCUGGGCCUGGGCCAGGCUCAGCACAGACCUGCUUUCUCACGGGGUGAGGUGGGGAGGAAUUAAUGAGGCCCUAGGAAUUGGGACAGAAAGAGGCCUCCGGAAGGAGGCAACGUGAGGUGCAUCCCCAGCAGCUUCAGGGAGGGUCUGAGUUGGGGGCAGCUGAGCUGCAGAAGCCCCAGGAAGGGCCCCCUAUCCUACCCUCCCCCGGCUCCCAAGCUGCCUUGUCAACCCUCUGUCAAAUCCCCAAGUCUGGGGACAAAAAUCCAGGGAUCCUGUGCCCUGUUGGGCUGA